GUACCCGCCCUAUUUCUUUUCCACCGCCCCCAUCCACUGCAACAUUCAGGCAGGUUCACCUAAUGUGCUUAUGCACAGUCUCUCUUGGUGACGCCGCUGCUGUAUUGGAGAAUAGUCGUUGAAUCGGGAGCAUUCAAAGUAUAAAUCAGCAGCCGUAAUCUGAAGCUAAUUUCUUAACUACUAAUAACGUUACACUAGAAUAACACGUAAAUAUGUCCGAUCCAAUGACUCAGUCGUCUCAGAUUUCGUCGUCACGAGGCCUAAACGAUGGACACUCUGCAACGUCCAAAGACUCGAAGUUUUCCGAUUCCUUUAUUUCUUCGCCUGUAUCUCUCAUUCAGUCUCCUCAAGAAAUAAAAGUGGUACUGGGCUCUGACAAGUCUGCAGAGAAUUUGGCCACCUCUCUUCACUUUUCUCCUCCGCAAAGUUUCUUUUCUCCAGUUGGGCCACCUGAAGGUAACAUAGGUCAUACUUUUAAAGAGAAAAAGGAACAUCUUGAAUGUUUUGGAUCUCAAAAUCAAGACUCAUCGCCUAUAAAGACAUCCCCAGUGUCUGAGAGAAUCAAAGCACUUGAAGCUCUAGCUGCCAAGCAGAAAGAUACUGAUAGGAAUAAUGGUGGGUUUCCGCAUUUUAAAGAGCGGCACUAUGAGAAGUCUGAUACAGUAUCACAUGGAAUUUCCUCCCGUUUGUCCUUUCAAAAAAAGACAUCGUCAACUGAGCAGGAUUCACCAGAAUCACCUUUUGAGGUGCUUGGUGAGGUUAAGUGUGGAAAUGACUUUGAGGACACUGCUGACUGGAUGAAAGCGCACUUGCCUCCAGCGCCAGAUUUCAAUGCUGGAAAUUCUGAUCUUGAAGAAGGGAAGGAUUCUCCUUUGGUACUGGAAAGUCCAUGCAAAGUGCUGAAGCCAAGCAAAGUUGAGACACCUCAAGAUCCUGAAACUUUCGCAGUAGUUCCUGAUCAGUUCAUGGACCGUCCUACCAAUGUGGCUGAAAUAAAUGAUGGUGAAAAGAAACAACCAGAAGAGGGGAGUGUUGAAGAAGAAUCAGAAUUUGACCUAAGCUUUUUACCUACAGCUUAUAUGUGGGACAGGCAAGAGAAACCAAAUGUGGAGACUCAAUAUUAUCAAAUAUUCCUUGAAAAUGAAGGGCUUAAUGCCUCCCCUGCACCUCCUGUAGAAUUUGAGUCUCCAUCACCCCCUGCUACUCAACAAACAGAGACUAGUUCUAUGCAACAUAUCAGUACUUCAAAGGGAAACUUGGAACCUGCUGAAUUCUUAGAGGUAGACAGCUCUGGGGAGUCAGAUGAUACAGUGAUUGAGGAAGCUGGGAGCGUCCCAGCUAAAGGAAACAAUUCCCUUGAAACUGAACUACAUACGAAGGUGACCAAAAUGCCAAAUCAGGAAAAAACUAUUCAGGUUCCAAUUAUUAAUGUAAUUGAGACAGAGGAACAGGUUCUCAGUGAUGAUGAUGAAGAAGAACAGCAAGAGUUAGAAAUAACGGAGGAGGACCUUAACUAUAAGAGUAUGCAAGGUGAGGACCAAGAGUCAACAACCCAGCAUUCAGAUGUCCCAGAACACAUAUCUGUAGAAACGGACCCAAAAAUUUCUACUAAGACUGACUCGGAUGAAGAAUAUCCUUCCAAGCAUAUGAUGAUUGAAGAUGAUCAUGAAAAAAUUUCUUGUAUAACUGACUCUGAUGCGGAAUAUUCUUCCAAGCAUAUGAUGAUUGAAGAUGAUCAUGAAAAAAUUUCUACUAAGACUGACUCGGAUGCAGAAUAUUCUUCCAAGCAAAUGAUGAUUGAAGAUGAUCAUGAAAAAAAUUAUAGUAUGACUGAUUCGGAUGCGGAAUAUUCUUCCAAGCAAAUGAUGAUUGAAGGUGAUCAUGAAAAAAUUUCUACUAAGACUGACUCGGAUGCAGGAUAUCCUUCCAAGCAUAUGAUGGUUGAAGAUGAUCAUGAAAAAAAUUAUGGUAUGACUGACUCUGAUGCGGAAUAUUCUUCCAAGCAUAUGAUGAUUGAAGAUGAUCAUGAAAAAAUUUCUACUAAGACUGACUCGGAGGCAGAAUAUUCUUCCAAGCAUAUGACAAUUGGAGAUGAUCAUGAAAAAAUUUCUUCUAUGACUGACUCGAGUGCAGAAUUUUCUUCCAAGCACAUGAUGAUUGAAUAUGAUCAUGAAAAAAUGUCUUCAAUGACCGUUUCGGAUGCAGAAUAUUCUUCUAAGCGAAUGAAGAAUAAAGAUGAUCUUGAAACUGGCAUUUGCAUUCAGUCUUCUGACUCUGGUGGUCUGAAUUUAGGCGACUUUGAGGUUCAGCUUCCUAAGUCACAGAAUUCUGUGUCCAAUGAGUGCCCUAUGAUGUCAUUUUUUGACAAAGAGCCCGAAAAACAUGCAGAAAUAUGUUCUGAUAAUCCCCUUAAUAACAGUUACCCCUUAAAUGAGCCCAGUGAAGUAGAGACAUACUUAGAUCAUCAUGCUAGUGAGGAACUUGCUUUAAAAGAUCAGCUGAAUUUAGUUUAUUUAGAGAGUAAAACGGAGGAAACUGCACAGUCCAGCUGUCUUGCAGAUAGUCAAAACAUCAGUACCCUUGUUCAAGAAUCAUUUGAGGAAAAUAUUACUGAAGAUUACGAUGAGACACCCAGUAAACACAAUCUGGACUGUGACGUAGUACCAGUGCCCUCUCUAUCUGACCCCUCAUCUAAUAUUUCUGACAGCUUUGAGAAUGUUGUCACUCUAAGCAAACUCCCUGUUGAUGUACAAGAACAGAUGUCAGCAGUGAAAAUCAGUGAAACUCUGCUCUUGCAGGAGGAGUUGCCAAUCCAGUCUGAUGACCAACAACUCCCAGUUCAAGAGAACACACCUACACUGUUUCCCUCUUUCCACAAUGAGCUGUCUGGCCAAAUCGAUGAGGUUAUUUCUUGUCCUCUGACAAGUGAUGUUGUCAUAAAUGCUACAAUAACUAACUCUAAACCUGAAGUUGUGACCCCCAAAGAUGUUUUAGAUGGAUCGGAUUCUCCAGAGACCAUGAGUGAUACAGAGAAUGUUGAACCUGAAUGUUCAGCAACAGAUAGUUUUGUGGAGUUUAUGAGGGAGUGUCUUAAGUCAAAGGAGGAUGUGGAAUCCAAGAGCCACAGUCCAGGAUAUGUAACUAUAGACCAAAAUGCUAAAUCUGAUGUUCCUACAACCUCCCCAGAAAUGAUCAUGGACUUUGAGCAGGAGAGCAUUACAAUUUCUGCUUUAAAAAAGCUAGGAAGCAGCCAAGAACAGGGAGAUGAAAAUCCUUCCACAGUGAAUACUGACAUGAAGCCAAGUAAAGCCGUUCUUCCAAUGCAUUCCAAUCCUGAACAUUCAAUCACGUCGUCAUCAUCACUUGAAACUCUUCCAAAUGAGUAUGCGUCUGAAUCCUUACUUCCCAAGGAGGUGGAGGCAAUUGACAUUUUGGUGGCAGAAGCAUACCACCUUGCUGAGCACGUCUUGACAGUAAUACUAACCCACCUAACAGUGUGUGACCUGGUGCAUUGGCGGGACCCUAAGAAGUCGGGUGUGGUGUUCGGUGUGUCGCUGCUCUUGCUGCUGUCUCUAGCAGCGUUUAGUGUGAUCAGCGUCGUCUCCUACCUGCUUUUGGCCCUGCUCUGCGUCACCAUCUCUUUCCGCAUCUACAAGUCUGUCAUCCAGGCUGUCCAGAAGUCUAAUGAAGGACACCCUUUCAAGGCUUUGAUGGAAAAAGAUGUUACCUUGCCCCCCGAGACGUUCCGCAAGCACGUGGACCAAUGUCUGUCCCACAUCAACUGUGUGCUCAAGAAGAUGAGCCGCCUCUUUCUUGUCGAGGAUCUGGUGGAUUCCCUCAAGCUGGCAGUGGUUAUGUGGGUGCUCACUUAUGUUGGAGCCGUUUUCAACGGCAUCACCCUCCUCAUUCUUGCGGAUAUCCUACUCUUUACUGUACCACCCAUCUAUGAGAAAAACAAGACCCAGAUUGAUCAUUACAUUGACAUUGUGCGCACUCAAGUCAAUAAUACAAUUGCAAAGUUACAAGAAAAACUCCCAGGAGCUUUGAAGCGUCAGAAAACAGAAUGAUUAAUCUCUUCCAUCCCUCAGCACCACGUUUACCAUUUGUCAAUCUUUAGCCACCUCCCUUCCUUUCUCUCUCUCCCUCUUUAACCUCUUAAAACGACCAUCUGCACUGAACCAGCUAGUAUGUAAAAUCAAAAAGCUUCUUGAUAUUCAAUGUUAACACUGCAGCAUAAUUGCAAGCAUUAGGAAAAGAAGCUUGUGGCUCCAGGAGCUGCUCUUUCCGGUGCAGGAGUGAUGUAAUAUCGCAACUGGAUGCCUAUUCUGACAGCCAGUGUAGGUAAGGGUUUGUGAACUAGACUGAACCUAUGACCUGGUUUUGAGUGUGGGUUGGGUGGUGUGGUAGUGAUGAAUAAAAACAGGUUGGUUGACUUCAGAGCAAAUGUCUGUACUUUAAAAAGAAACAUUUCGUUGAAAUGCAAAGAGAGAAGUAAAGAAAUUGUGCUUCAAAAACCAGACUUGUAACAUCAUCUACCAUAUUUGUUCCCCCCCUUCUUGAGUUCUUCUAAAAAAUGUAUUAUUCAUCUGUAUUGCACUGAACAUUAGGAGACUUGCACAUGAGAAACAGGAUUGAUAUGGAUAUGGAUGCUAACAGUGGUGAUAAUUUGGUCUAGUUCGCUAUCCUACUUGUUACUGGCGAUUAUUUUUAAUUUUGUUUAUGUAUAUAUAGUAAGAUUACAACAAGCUCUUUGCUGUGAAGUAGCUAGUGAUGCUUUUAUAUUUAAAAAACAAAUACAGCUUAUAUAUUUGUCUUUUUCGCACCUCUUGCACUCAGUUCUCUAGGAUGAAUUUACAAGUAAAUGUUAUUGUUAGUUACUACUAUACAACUAGUUUUAUCACAUCUCGAUUAAUAAGGCUGCUUUAUUGUCCCGUCUGACAUUGGCUUUAGAACAAUAAAUAUAACGAUAAAUAUUAUUAUCCUUAAGAUUUUAUGUAAUUCAAAGCAUCAGAAUGUGGGAGAGGAAGAUAUGAAUUUUCUGUUAGAUAUAUUAAGCUGGCCUCAGUGGUCAUGUUUUUUGUUGAAACAAAAGGUAAAUGCCCAUCAUUCGUGUAUUCACUGUAACCUUUUUAAAGGUAAAGCUGAUCUUAUGCCAACACACCUAGAGCACAUAAGUUUAAAAUUGAUUUUCUGUUUUUCUUUAAUGGCUGCAGAGAACAGCAAAGAUGCAUGACUUAAUGAAAUAUCUUACCAUAUCCUUAAUAGUUGCACUGGUAAUGUAAAGCACAUGCUUUUAUUACUAUAUAAUCUUUCAGCUCCUAAAAGUUAGAUUGUGGCAUAUAACAUUCCGGCUGAUGCAGUUGGAAGCGUGUUGUUGGACUUUUAAUUAUACCACUGAGAAAUUGUUCACAAUGUGCACAUAAUCCAUGGCAGUUUAAAAGUUGUAACGUUUUUUUGUUCAUGUCAGGUUUUUGUUUUUUCUCUCUCCACACACUACCUUGUGUUAUGUGCAUGUUUAUGCAGAUUCACGUGCAGACUAAACUUUGUCUGAUCAUUGUGUUGCCUAGCUAGCAUGUGAGUGAGGUCACAGGUGUUGCUUUCAAAUAAUUCGUCAUGCUCUGAAUUUUUUUUUUCAAUUUAGGGGUAAAUUAUGAAAAAGUAACUACUUUUUAAUAAAUGCAGGAAUCUCUCUCUCUCUCUCUCUCUCUCUCUGUCUAAAUAUUUGCUUUUCAUUUAAACUUAUUCCUGUAGUGCUUUAUGAUGUUUGUCAUUUCUUUACUAUGAUUGUCAGUUUCUCUUUAAAAGGGUGAUUGCUUUUGCUUAUGCCUUUUUCCUCGAUUAAACUAGAUGUGAUGACUAACAUCUACAUUCAGUUUGUUCAUUUGAAUUAAAUUAAUAUGUGGGAGAUUUUAGGGAGAAAAAUGCAAACAAGAAAACUUGUCCCUGUAACGAUGUCAAAGUGAGCUAAAUAAAAAUGCCAAAAGCAUGUGUAGUUCUUAAGCUUUUGUUUCUCCUCCAUAUAUAUUUAACAACAAUUUAUUAAGUGGUUUGAAUGUGUACUACAAAAAUUCCUAGAUCCAUCAUUUUGUACUGUACAUGUAAAGAAUGUGGCAUUGGAAUUCUAAGUUGAAUGCAAGCUUUACAUAUCAAUAAAUUAAAUGGGCACCAUU